GUGUCCUCAUGCCGCCACGCGGCCGGCCGGUGGCCGUAGGUCACGUAGACUACGCUUUUGCUAGCGUACAACACCUAAUGACUGAUGUACCUUCUGGUAUGAUCUUGCGUUACGCUCACGCUAACGGCGCCAGCUUGUUCUUUAUUGUAGUCUAUUUGCACGUAUUGCGUGGUAUGUACUACGGUAGCGGCGCUCAGCCACGUGAGAUCGUCUGGAUCAGUGGUGUCGUUAUCUUGUUGGUAAUGAUUAUCACCGCCUUCAUUGGUUAUGUACUACCAUGGGGCCAAAUGUCUUUCUGGGGUGCUACCGUAAUUACUAGUUUGGCUACUGCCAUUCCAGUAGUAGGUAAACACAUCAUGUACUGGUUCUUCCUGUUGGGUUUCGCCACGGCACUGGACACGCUGGGCAGCAACGCGUACGGCGCGGGAGACCGCCGGGCGCUGGUGACUUGGUGUGUGACUGCCGCGCUGCUGGUGACGGUGCUGGUGGGGCCGGUGGCUGUGGGCAUGUCGCUGGGCGGACUGGCGGCCUCGAGCAUGUUCGGACAGGAUGCUCGCACGUCCGACCUGAUGGGUCGCUUCUGUGUGGGCCUCAUCCCGGGCAUGUGGCCGCUCAUGUGGGGCAUCGUACUCACCAAGUACCUGCAGGUUCAGAACGUGAUGGCGGCUCCCUCGGUUAUCGCGGUCCUGACCUUCCUCAUGAACAUCGCCUUCAACGCCAUCCUAGUCCGCGAGCUGGGCUUCCGGGGUGCGCCGCUGGCGACCACCUUGUCGCGUUGGGCGCAGUUUGUGAUGCUGGUGGGGGUGGUGGCGCACCACGAGUGGCACCGCACUCGCCAGCCGCCGCCGCCGCCCGAGGCCGAGGAGCAGCUACUGCUGCAGCCUCAGGAGCAGCAGCAGCACCCUCAGGAGCAGCUACUGCUGCAGACUCAGGAGGGGGAGCAGCGGUCGGUCCGGCAGGCGGCGGUUGAGGGCGAUGGGGAAGGCGAGGCGAUGGCGCUGCUCGCUCCGCCCGGCGACGAGACCGCAGCAUCAGCAGCAGCAACAUUCGCAGCAGAUCCCGGCACGCCGGGCGCAUUAGCAGCCAACGGCGACAGUCCACAACCCAACGGCACCCAUACCGGCGGCGUGCACGGCGGCGACAGCGGCGGUGGCGGCGGUGGCGGCGGCGGUGGCGGCGGGAACGGCAGCAGCGGCGGUAGCGUCGCGGUGCUUGUGGUGGGCGCCGCGGAGGAGGAGGGCGCCGCCGGGUGCGGUGAUGGGGCGCGCAGAGGCAUGCGUGGAGGGCAGGAGCACGAGCAGGAGGAGGAGCAGGAGGAGGAGGCGGCGGGCGCUGCUGCCAAGGCGGCGGUGCCCCUACAUGCCGGCCGGAAUCCGGAUCUAGACUGGGCCUUGAAGCACGACAACCCGCAGCCGCCGCCAUUCGGGACAAAUGGAGCGGCUUCAAUGAAAGGCAGCAGGGCGGCUGGGGCGACGGAGAAGUCUGCGCUGCUAGCAGGCGUGGCGUCGAGCUCCGCUGCGCCAGGUGCUGCUAACGGCUUCAGUGGCGGCGGCUUCAGUGGCGGCGGCGGCGGCGGCGGCAUGUCGGCGGUGGCCUCGGCCUGGGCGGUGGACGCGCUGGCGGAGUGCCGGGCGGCGGUGGCGCCGGGGGUGAUCCUCAGGUUCUGCAAACUGGGCAUUCCCGGCGGCCUCAGCAUGGCGUUCGAGGUGGGCUGCUUCGAGUUCUCCACCAUCCUGGCGGCGGCGCUGGGCCCCGCCAUCACCGCCGCCCACGCCGCCAUGUUGAGUCUGGUGGCACUCACCUACCUGGCCUGCCCCUUCGCGCUCGCCACCGCCGGCGCCAUCCGCGUGGGCAACCUGCUGGGCUCGGGCCAGCCCGAGCCCGCGCGGCGCUCGGGGCUGCUGGCCAUCGCGCUCAGCGGCGGCUUCAUGGCGCUCAUGGCAGUGGGGCUGCUGGCCAGUCGCAGCGUGCUGGGCCGCGCCUUCAGCAGCGACCCCCAGGUGGUGGGCGUCAUCCGCGACCUCACCCUGUUCGCGGCGCUGUUCCAGGUGUCGGACGGGCUGAUGGGCUCCAGCCAGGGUGUGCUGCGCGGCUGCGGCCACCAGCACCUCACAGCAGUGUUCAACUUCAUCGGGUUCUGGGUGUUCGGGGUGCUGCUGGGCUACCUGCUGUGUUUCAAGGCGCACCUGGGCAUCUUCGGCCUGUGGACGGGCAUCGCCAGCGGCGACUCCGCCACUGCUGUGCUGAACCUGGUAGCCAUCAGCCGCAUCAAGUGGAGGAAGGAGGCGGACCAGGCCGUGCACAGGCUGCAGGCGCUGGCGAAGCAAGCGGAGGAGCUGCAGGCGCUAGUGAAGGAGGCGUCCGUGCGCGGCGGCCGCGCCCACGCGGCCGGCGACACAGCCGCAGCAGCAGCCGCCACCGCCGCCGCCGCGCUGGCGGCGGCCGAUGGCGACGGGCUGGCGGCGCACCCGGCAUCCGUUGGCGGCGGCGGUCGGAGCUACGCCGGCGGGUUGAAGCGUGUGUGGAGCGAGCGCGGGGUGCAGCAGACGGUGGCGGAGGAGCGGGAGCGACGGCGGCGGCAGGAGCGCGAGGAGGAGGCUGGGCAGCCGAAAGGCCUCGUUGCCAAGAUGGUGCGCAACCUUUCGUCUUCCUUCCGGAACGCGUCCGCGUCGAUCUUCCGCCGGCCGGACUCGCGGCAGCGGCGGCAGGAGCUGCCAUUGGGUGAGCUUGAUGAGCGGUAGAGGUGGGGAGCUAGCUAGGGGGGAGGGCCGCUAGUGGUAGUUCGAGCAGACGGUAGAAAAGCAGGAGGCCGGGAGCGGACACCGGUACGGCAGCACGCAGACAUAUCAGCAAGAGUAUGACGCGGGGUAGGUACGACAGGCUUGGAGAUUGGAGAAGCGGGCUGGACGUCUGGUCAGAGAGGUGUGGAGAAAUGGUGUGUUGCAUACACACGGGCGGAGAGGCACACCGGCGUUGGCAGCGCUAGCUAUGCUAGCAAAGCUAGUAUGAUGCGGCCUGCAGCCGACAGCAAUCGCUGAGACGCUGGGACGACGCUGGGUGAAACGUGGGAUGGUCGGAUGGAGUGGUGACGGACGCGCAACAACGAAACCUCAUCAGGCACGCCGCAAUAGCAGUAGCACUACGCACGGGCAUCGGGGGCACUGUGCGUGCCUCCGAGACAAGUUACAGAUUUACGUAUACAGACAUGCACUACAAAGCAUGGAGGUCCAGUCAAGCAUAAGCGUAGCUCCGUUGCGGAAUGCGGUUGUUGUGUUGCGGUGCACGGGGAAGUUGAGAUAGAGACCGGCAAGCACUUCGGAUGGGCACGCGGAUACCGUAGGCUGGACGGGAAGGAAGCUGACGGGCGACAAGUGCUCGGCGGAAACCGCGAGUAUAGCUAUUAAUGUUUGCUUUCAAAGCAACGCCUGGUGUGAAUGUCUUAAUGGCUAUGAUGCUUUGGGAUGGGCGUCAAUACUAUAUCAAUGUGCAAUGCGGCAUGCUCACGGCCUUAUGCAUGACUGCCACAUGACAAGAGUGCCGGUGCGGAUGCGGAUGAGGCGGUGUGCAAGAGCCAAGGCCAAAGGACGUGUUGGGUGCGUGGCGGAGGCAGGUAGGGUAGGGUGCGCGGCUGGGAGUCUGGGAAUGCGCGGCAUGCGGGGGACAGAAUAAGGGCGAGCGGUCGUCACGACGUCAUGGGUGGUUACGAGAUUGAGAUGGGACAAGUUCAGGGACAGGUUGGAGUAGUCCCGUGGGGAAGCAAGUAGCUGAUGUAGGCAUGUAGCUGAAUCCCGAGACAGGUUUUGGGCUGAGCGCAUGAGCGCAGCGAUUCUGUGUGUAGCGGAUGCACCCCCGGAGACGGAGCCA